ACUGAGGAUGCAGCCCCAACUCCCGAACAACCACAACACGACGAUACCUUACACCCACAGCAACAGGACACAUAUGCUACAGUUAGGGUCUUCGAUCAAGAGAUCAAACAACGAGACAGUACAAUAGCAACGUACACAGACGACAUUCCCAGUCCCUCUACUGUGUUUUCGAGUGAGAAGAGUGAGGGAAUGGAGACUGAGAGCCUUAGUGACUAUGCCUCUAUGCUGGCUUUGUCAUCGG